CCAUCGUUCAAUCUCUUUCAAUGAUUUCAAAAAUGUCGUUAACAAAUCCCAAAUUAUACUUCUUAACCCUAAUUAUCACAUCAAAUCUCGUCACAUUCUCAGUAAUCUUCUCUUCAGCAUCCGCCGCAGUUAAUACAUGUGCAUUCCCCGCCAUAUUCAACUUCGGCGACUCCAAUUCCGAUACCGGCGGUCUCUCUUCCGCCUUCGGACAAGCUCCAUCUCCAAAUGGAGAAACCUAUUUCCACUCUCCAUCCGGCCGUUACUCCGACGGUCGCCUCAUCAUCGAUUUCAUCGCUGAGAGGUUAGGGUUAGGUUAUCUGAGUGCGUAUCUAGAUUCAGUUGGAUCAAACUUCAGUCAAGGAGCGAAUUUCGCUACGGCUGGAUCGACAAUUCGGCCGCAAAACACUACUAUGUCUCAGAGUGGCUAUAGUCCAUUCUCCCUUAAUUAUCAAAUCAUUCAGUUUACUGAUUUUCAUCGUAGAUCUCAGAUAGUUCGUAAGCGAGGAGGAGUUUAUAGAGAGUUGCUGCCGGAGGAGAAAGUGUUUUCCGGCGGUUUAUACACAUUUGACAUUGGCCAGAAUGACCUAACUGCAGGGUAUAAGCUCAACUUGACCACUCAACAGGUGAAGGAAUAUGUUCCUGAUCUCAUUACCCAACUCACUCAAGCCAUCAAGAUUGUAUAUGCGGAAGGAGGAAGAUCAUUUUGGGUACACAACACGGGUCCAGUUGGAUGCUUACCAUAUGUAAUGGACCGUUUUCCGAUCACAGCAGCUGAGAUCGACAAAUCAGGAUGCGCCACCCCUUUUAACGAUGUCUCAAGUUAUUUCAACCUUAGAUUGAAGGAAGCUCUUGUCCGUUUAAGAAAAGAGCUUACUUUUGCUGCUAUUACGUAUGUUGAUGUAUAUUCUGUCAAAUAUGCACUCAUCAGUCGAGCCAGGGAGCUUGGAUUUGAGGACCCUUUUCUGGCUUGUUGUGGGCAUGGUGGGAAGUACAAUUACAACAGAUUGUUAAAGUGUGGAAGUAAGAAAAUUGUGAAUGGAACAGAGGUAAUGGUAGCGAAAUCUUGCAAAGAUCCAUCUGUUCGUAUCAAUUGGGAUGGAACUCAUUUCACCGAGGCAGCUAAUAACUGGAUAUUUCAUCAAAUCGUUAAUGGGUCAUAUUCUGACCCACCAAUUCCACUUCAAUUUGCUUGUUCAAGAAUGGAAGUUUAAAGGAUAAAACCAUUCUCUCUCUGUGUAAUAUUAAAAGAAGCAUUUUCUCCAUAUAUAUAAUUGAAACUUUUCAUUGUAAAAUUUGAGUGAUGUGGCAGAAAAAACUGGGCCAUUGGAUUCGUUAACCGGAAAGUAUGGCGAUUAUUUAGCAAAUCCAUCAUCCGAAAUUUCACUUUU